AUGGCCAUGCCUAAUUGUCUUGUAUGCCUAGUAGUUCUCUUUCUAGUUUCUGGGUCAGUCGUAGUUGCCGACACAGAGUUGGGAAACCCCCCGGGCAAUAAGGACGCAGUUUGGGAUCUCAUUGAAUGCGCCAGGUAUGUAUUAGGAAACCCCCCGGGUCCAUCUUUGGAUUGUUGUGAUCUGCCCAGUGGCCUGGAUUUGAGGGCAAAACAGAAGAAGGUUCAACAGAAGUUCUGUCAGUGCAUUGAGAAUUUGGCUGGGUUAGUGAGCACUGUAACUGGUUCUAACUUUGAUGUUUUCCCAGAGAAGUGUGGACUGCACGUUGAUAUCCCGAUUUUUGGUGACAUGGAUUGGCUCAACAAAACUGCGCUCUCCCUAUCUCUUCAGCUUACUAACUACUAG